AACUGCUAGGCCUCUAUAAGAGCAAACGGUAAUCACAGUCAAGCAUCCUCAACCGCCUUUCUGAAGAGACUAGCUAGGAAGGAAAGGAACGGGCAGCAAAGAGAGUGAAAGAGAGGGAGUGUUCUUUAAUUUUAUUCUUGAUUCAGUAGCACGUACAGGCUGAAGGCUAUGGAAACUGAGGCUGCUGCCACGACAGAGUUUGCGCUGGCCGAUACAGAUAUCAACUGGGACAGGUUGGAUAAGAGCAAAUUUCACGUCAUUGGUGCUGUACUCUUUACUGCUCAAUCAGCCUUGCUUCAUCCAACAGCAGUGGUAAAGACAAGAAUGCAAGUAGCUGGAUCUGGCCUCUCCCACAUGAGAGGAACAUCAGUAUUUACUCGCAUAUUAAAAAAUGAUGGUAUUCCUGGACUCUUUAGAGGUUUUGGUACUUCUGCUAUUGGAUCGAUGCCUGGUCGGGUCUUGGCUCUAACAUCACUUGAGUUGUCAAAAGACUUCAUGUUAAAAUAUACUGAAGAUUUUGACAUGCCUGAAGCAUCAUGUAUUGGCCUGGCAAAUGGAGUGGCAGGCAUGUUCUCAAAUCUGGUAUCUUGUGUAUACUUUGUGCCUUUGGAUGUGAUCUGUCAGAGGCUAAUGGUACAAGGUCUUCCUGGAACUACGUACUGCAGUGGGCCAUUUGAUAUUGUCCGUAAAGUUGUGAAGACUGAGGGUUUUCGUGGCAUUUAUAGAGGCUUUGGAUUAACUGCUGUAACCCAGUCACCAGCAUCUGCACUUUGGUGGGGUUCAUAUGGUGCUGCACAACACAUCAUUUGGAGGAGUUUAGGCUAUAGAGAUGCCAUGGAGAAAAAACCUUCGCAAACAGAAAUGGUGAUUGUCCAGGCUACAGCAGGGAUGGUAGCUGGUGCUUGUUCCUCUGUUAUAACCACCCCCAUAGAUACUGUAAAAACAAGGCUUCAGGUUAUGGACAACCAUGGUGGUGGAAGACCAUCAGUGCUGAAGACAACAAAGACACUUUUCAAGGAAGAUGGAUGGUGGGGUUUUUACCGGGGAUUUGGACCUCGUUUUUUGAAUAUGUCACUCUAUGGAACUACCAUGAUUGUUACAUAUGAACUGAUAAAAAGAUUAUCCAUACAAGACGGCCGAGUCUGAGAUCAUCUGCUUGAAGAAGCUGCAUGCCCUGUAAGGCACAAAACUCAGAUUCCAUUCCACUUCCUCUUCACUUUACAAGAACUUGAUGCAUCCUUUCAAUCACUGCACCGUGCAACAUGGGAAUGUUUGAUGAAGCAAACCAUGUCUCAGAUAUUUUCGAUGCUCUUGCUCCGGUUCUUACACAAUUUUGGCAUUCUUGCUUCUUUUUCGGAGGGGUGGCCAGUCAGAUUUCAUUAGUGCUAGUUGUUAGUUAGAGGCUGAUCAAACGUCGUUCCAAAGCCCAACAUAUAUCUGACAAAUUUGUACAUAACGUUUGUUUGGUGAUCAAAGGAAUUCAUUUCCUUCC